GCGCCGCGCCCGGUGCCGCGCCCGGCGCGGGCGCCCAGGCGUCCAGGCACCCAUCGCUCGGCAGCGCCACCUCCACCUGGGCCAGGCCCUCGGGGCCGGCCGCCAAGGCCGCCAAGGCAUCGCCCGCCGCGCGCCCUUCGGCGCCGCAGGCCGCCAAGCCGGGGCAGGCCGCCCCGAGGGCGCCAGUGCCGAAGGCCAAGCUGGGACAGACCGCGUACCGGCCAGCGGCGAAGGCGGCGGCGGCGGGCGUCGGCGCCCGGCCUCAGCCGGCCGCCGCGCCGAGGCCAGGCGCCGCCGCGGCGGAGGCGAAGGCGAAGGCGAAGGCGAAGGCCCAGGACGGGGCCGCCCGGAAGACGUUCGAGGACGCCCCGGCGGAGCCCAGGGGCGAAGGCGCCAGUGGGGCUGCGGGGAGCUCGGGGGCGCCAGCCCCGGGGUCGUUCGACGGCAUCGGCGACGUGUGGAAGCUGCUGUGAGGGCGUGGCUCGGGCGUGGCUCGGUGGGAGGUGUUUUUUUGGCCGCGCAGCUCGGUCGGCCUGCGGUGGUGCGCUGCCCUCCGUCGGCUGCCAGCUGCUCGCGUUGUACUCUCGCCUCCACCUCAUCACGAGCUCACUGUGUUUGAUGUUUGUUGGCGUGGAUACCUGCCCUGCUGCCCUCCAGAUCUGGGAGCGGUCGCAGCCGCAGCAUCCUGCAGCUUCGUUAUGAAUUACUUUUCUGCACGGCUCGCUAGGUGAUGACAGCGUUUAUAUGAUUCUGAGCGCGCCCUCCAGUCAAAAGAGAGCGGCUUCGCUUGCUUCACAUUGUUGCCGUUGCACACUCCAAAG